AUGGCUGCGCGGGUUGGGAAGCGAGGUGCAGGGGGAGAUGAGGAGCUGCCUCCAUUGUAUGCCGUGCUCAUAGCAGACAGCUUCAAUAAGAGGUUCUAUCCGAUCACCAAGGACAGACCACGGGCUCUUUUACCACUUGCCAAUGUGGCAUUAAUAGAUUAUACACUGGAAUUUCUUACUGCCACUGGGGUUAAGGAAACAUUUGUCUUUUGCUGCUGGAUGGCAAAUGAAAUAAAAGAACACCUAAGGAAUUCCAAAUGGUGUCGACCUACCAACUCCAAUGUGGUGCAUGUAGUGACCUCUGACCUUUACCGUUCACUUGGGGAUGUCCUCAGAGAUGUGGAUGCUAAAUCUUUAGUUCGAUCGGACUUUAUCUUGGUCACUGGGGAUGUGGUUUCUAAUAUAAACGUUGAAGCAGCUUUGGAGGAGCACAGGACACGUCGGAAAUUGGAGAAAAAUGUUUCAGUAAUGACCAUGAUCCUGAAAGAGUCCUCACCGGGUCACCGCACAAGGUGUCAGGAGGAUGAUGUUAUCAUUGCUAUGGAUGGCAAGACAAAACGUGUACUACUCUACCAAAAGAGCCAGGAAUUGAAGCGAUACCACUUUCCAACAAGUAUCUUCCAGAGCAAAACUGAUGAAAUAGAACUGCGCCAUGAUUUGUUGGACUGUCACAUAAGUAUUUGUUCCCCUCAGGUAGCAGAGCUGUUUACAGACAACUUUGACUACCAAACAAGGGAUGACUUUGUUCGUGGCAUCCUUAUUAAUGAAGAGAUCUUGGGAAAUCAGAUCCACCUUCACGUGACUCAGGAAGAGUAUGGUGCUCGUGUCUCCAACCUGUCCAUGUAUGAAGCUGUAAAUUCAGAUAUUCUGUGUCGCUGGUUGCACCCUAUAACUCCUGAAAUGAACUUCACUGAUCAAGAUAAACAGAAUUACACUCACUCCCGUCACAAUAUUUACAGAGGGUCAGAGGUCAGUCGUGGCCAUGGCAGUAUUCUGCAUGAGAAUGUUUUGAUCGGCAGUGGCACUACAAUUGGGGCAAUGUGUAACAUCAGCAAUGCCAGCAUUGGAAGAAAUUGCAGAAUCGGUGAUAGAGUCAUUCUUGAAAGUGUGUCCAUUUGGGAUGAUGUUCACAUUGAAGACAGUGUCACAGUGAAGAAAUCCAUUAUUUGCAAUAAUGUUAUUGUGAAGAAAAGCGUGCAAAUUAAUCCGCACUGUGUAUUAACUUCAAAGGUCAUUGUUGGCCCUGAUAUAAAUCUGCCAGAGAACACUGUCAUUUCACUACAUCAUCCAGAUGAGGAUCAGGAAGAUGAUGAUGACUUUAGUGAUGAUUCAGCCAGUGGUAAAGAGAAGGAUAAGUUGAAAGUGAAAGUUUACAACAAGGAGGAGGUUGGACUGAAAGGAGAAGGCUAUGUGUGGAAAACUUCAGACAUACCUGAUGACAUAGAGGAGGAGGAGGCCUUGCAGAGAAGUCUGUGGGGUGAGUAA